GGCUUGUUGUGUAUAACUAUAAGUUUCAGACGGCGGUCAGAGCAUAUUGUGUUUCACGUUAAGACAGUCUUACUUAUUCAAGGAUUUGGAUUUAAGUGCACGGUUCCUAAAGAUUGAAAUGGCAUGUAAAGAGAUACAGUUUGUUCUUUACAUCAUUUUGGCAAGGAAUAUAAUAGUCUUAUCAAUAUCACGUACCGAUCCGGAAAAAACAGACCAGCUACCUCUCCACAUUCAGGAAUCGUCUACAAGACCGGUUUACAAUCUGACGAGUUUGAUAUACGAAUAUUAUCUAAUAUGUGGCCCUCAAUAUAUAUGUGAUAAACACCACUUCAGUUUCAUUUCAGAAUUAGACAGCAAUCCUACAGUAAAGAUAUGUCCCGAGUGUAAAUGUGAUAGGCAAUGUGUCACCCGCCAAGACUGUUGUCCGGAUGUUGUAUUUUCGAUGCCAGAAGAAGAAUGUGUUACAACCUCGCUUCUUCAUGGCAGAUCCAACAAAGCGUCAAAUCAUUACAUUAUCGCAGAUUGUCAUGAAAAAUCAUCGGAAGACCUCAAAGACAAAUGCACAAAGGAUUAUACGGAUAUCAAAUCUUUAUAUUUUCCUCCAGUAACCUCAGCCAAAUAUGCUUUCACUUUUCGUAAUAAGUUCUGUGCCGAAUGCAAUGGAAUAACUAAUUAUACGGAGUGGAAUAUUGACAUCUCGUGCUUUGAUUUUGUUGAUUUGAAUUUCCUGUCGUCUUAUGAAGCCAUUUUCAAUACCGCAGAGUCUAGGGGUUGCCAGUUGAAAUAUAAAACAGAUCGCAAUGACAUGCGUACAUGCCGCGGAACAACCUCACAGCCUUCUGUAAAAAUAUUCGAGCCAGUAAAAACAUGGUGUAACGUCACUGGCACAUGGACAUACUAUGACAAAGAUAUAGAAUCAGCAUGUUCGACCGACGAUAUGCCUCGUUAUAAAAACUAUCGAAAUAUAUUUUGCUUCAUUUGCAACCCCCCUGACUAUCUUGUUGAGCAAGAAAUUAUAUCUACGUGCAAUGUUUCCGGCAUAUGGUCGCCAUACGAUGCCUCCAUAGAAAGGAACUGUGACAGUCUGGACUGGACGCCGAAUACUCAACCUUAUAAGAACGUCUUUUGUUUUCUUUGUAACAGAAACAAUACGAACCAUAAUCAUUAUUUUGAUGUGUCUAUAACCACGGUGGAGAAGGUUGAUAGAUUAUAUACGUAUUAUUUUUCUGUCAUCGGUUAUAAUCUUGAUUUUUAUCACGCAGUUUUAGAGAAAUCAAAGACAAGGAUGCUCUUGAGUAAAAUCCAUAAACCCCUGCCUCUGUUUCAGAAAACUUGGAACACCACUAAGCUACAGUCGUAUCAUUAUGCUGUUGAUGGGGUAGGACCUUACUGCCAAAGUACGUACACAUUCUAUCUGAUGCAGCCCUGUUCUUGUGAUUUGAAGACAUGUCUUUUUCGAUAUAAACCUCCAUUUUGUUGUUUGGACGUAUUGCUGAAAGCCCCUACUUCUUGCUUCAGUGAUAUUCUGGUUGAGUCGUCUUCGGUAGAACAGCGUUAUUCUGAACCAUACGGCGCCGUGAACAAGUGUGGACAGUCUAAUGUAGAUGGCGUUAACGAUCAGUCACAGUUACGAUGUGGAAUAGCAGCAGACGACAUAUUUGGUACACUUCCUGUGACGCAUGAAAAAAUGAUCUACAAGAAUUUUGACUGUAUGUGGUGCAAUUUAAACUCUCGAGAAAAACAACAAAGAGAAAUAACACCAUGGCAUGUUGAAAUCAAAUGUCAAUCUGAGAUAAAUGCAAAUUUUCACGUUAUGUUAAACGACGUUAUAAAAACAGCUAAAUCCAUGGACUGUGCAGUGAGAAUCUUUCCAAGACAGAGAAACAGUGGCACUACUACAAUGAGUAAGAUGUAUUGUGGCAAUAUUCGUACUUCUCAUCUUAUAAACAAGUGCAACAUAGCCAAUGGAUGA